GUGUUUGCUACCUUUUCGAUUCUCAGCAUACAACCUCAGGCUCUAUAUUUAUGCCCACAAAUAACGCACAUUCCCAAAUGCUCAACUCUAAACCUUGUCUCAACUACUGCAACUCUUAAGACACAGGGAUGAGACCUGAAAUGUUGACUUUGAUAUACUCCUUAAUUCUCUGCAUUGUCAGCACUGUAGUCUCGUCUGGAGUUUCUGUCUGCAGUACUGAUGGCAUGUCCAUUCGAGGAGGGGAGUACAGUCUCUCAAAUGGAUCAAAUGUGGGCAGUGAACUUUUGUACCACUGUCCUGAUGGUUAUUACCCUUACCCCAAACUUAUGCACAGAUGUCUGGGCCAUAAUCGCUGGUCCCCAAGCCCCAGUCGACGAGGCAGUGAGUGCAGGGGUACCAAACUAACCAUGAUUCAGAAGACCAUCCUACCCAUGCUAGAUUACGGAGACGUAAUUUAUAGAUUGGCAGUCAUGACAUGCCCUGAUCCCAGUGAGCUGAGAAAUGGUGAGGUGUCUCCUGUCCUAUUGCAGUAUGUUGUUGGGGCCCAGACCACUUAUGAAUGCCAUGACGGUUACGCUUUCGCCGGCUCCGCCUCCAGAGUCUGCCAGAGUAAUGGGAAGUGGAGUGGUGACACGCCUAUCUGUGAUCAUGGCUCUGGACAUUGCCGUGACCCUGGCGUUCCCCCGGGGGCCAAGCGCAAUGGAAAUAUGCUUGAUAUAGGUGACCGGGUGACCUAUGAAUGUUCUUUAGGACUGAUGCUGCUGGGAUCGAAGGAGAGGAUAUGCCUGGAGGGUGGAGACUGGUCAGGAACUGAGCCUGUCUGUUACAGUAAAAACUACUACGACACCCCAGAGGAGGUGUCCAAGUACUUCUCUACAUCCCUCGAGAAUCGUCUGGCAAUAUCUGGCCUGGAUGACAAUACUGAUGGGCAGCAAGUACAAAGGUCCAUCCAGAUGAGGCAGGGAGGCAAGCUCCACAUCUACAUUGCUCUGGAUAAUUCAGGGAGCAUAAGCAGAGAUAAUUUUACUGUGGCCAAAAACUGUGUUAAAGCCCUCAUCAACCAGAUAUCUUUUUUUGAAGUCAUCCCAAGGUACGGAAUUCUGACCUUUGCUUCUGAGGUCAAUGAGAUUGUUGAUAUCUUAUCUCCUUCCUCACACUCAGACAUGGUUUUACAGAAUUUAAAUAAUGACACCUAUGGUAAAUUAAAUGGUACUGGAAGUAACCUCUCAAGGGUAUUUAAAAAAAUCCUUGAAAAGAUGGCUGUCUUUAAGGAACGAAAUGAGCUUGAAGAUACACAGCAGGCCAUUAUUAUGUUUACAGAUGGAAAUACUAACAUGGGGGGAAGUGCAGAGCCCACUGUUAUCAGGAUUAGGAACCUGAUGGAAGGAAUACAUGGCAAAGACUGGCAGAAAUAUCUGGAUAUUUAUGUUUUCGGUGUGGGGGCAAAAAUGAACGAGGAGGAAAUCAACAAAUUGGUGUCGAAGAAGAGUUCAGAAAAGCAUUUCUACAAACUAAGAGAUGACACCAAACUGACAUCCUUGUUCAAGAUGAUUAUAGAUGAGAGUAACAGUGUAGACCUGUGUGGUCUAUCCUGGGACCGUGAUGGUGAUGAUUCCACUACAUCCAAACGGCAAGAAUACCCUUGGGUAGUCACAAUCUCUGUCUUGGUCGGAAAUGAGCACAGCUCUUGCAUGGGUGCCCUUGUUACGCCUAGAUUUGUCCUUACAGCUGCUCACUGUUUCAGGGAUAAGCAGAUAGAUAUGAUUAAAGUGAAGGUAUUUGACCAGGAAGAUAUGACGUUGGAGCAGAAACCUAUAAUUCAUCCAGAUUAUGAUGUCUUUAAGAAGAAGGACAAAGGGGUUUCAGAGUUUUAUGACUACGAUGUGGCACUCUUGAAGUUGAGUAGUGAUGUCCAAAGGUCUAAAUAUAUCAGGCCCAUCUGUAUUCCUUGUACUAUAUCCUCCAUCCGUGCGUCAGGUCUCCAUACAUCAACAACCUGUAAGGCGCAAGAGGAAUUCCUGUUGAAUCAGAAUUCUGUACCUGCCAGAUUCAUGUCUGAGUGGAAGGGUCAGAUGUACGAGAAGGAUGUUCAAAUCAAAUUGAAAGAAAAGAGGGAGAGCUGUAUUAAGGAUGCAGAGGAAGCUGAGGGCAUUAAAAACUACAAGGAGGCUGUGACUAAGAACUUCCUGUGUACAGGAGGGACAGAAGACAAAGUUGAGGACAUUGCCUGCAAAGGUGACUCUGGUGGCGCCCUGUAUCUGAAAAAUCUAAAACGUCGGAUUCAGGUGGGUGUAAUCAGCUGGGGAGUUAAGGACCUGUGUAUGGGUAAUAUCCCAAAGCCUCUUUCAACUGCAACUACUAGAGAUUACCACAUUAACCUAUUCCGAAUGCAGAAGUUCCUCAAGGAGCACCUGGGAGAAAAAAAAAAUGAAACUAAUUAUGAGCCUUUAAAAUUUGUUGACUGAUAAUCAUAUGUGUAACUUGCAUACAUACUUGCUAAAUACAGUAGGCCUAUAUCAACAAUUCAAAUAAAAUGUAGAAGUUGUGCCCAUGCAGAAGUUGUGAAGAGUAGUUCGUUAUUUUCAGUCAAUGUGAUUUUGUCUGUAUGUUUAUUGUAGGAAUAUGAAAUUAAUGUCUGCAACGGUUUAGAUUUUUACUACAAAUGAACAUGAUUUGGUUUAGUUCAAAUGUGUGUUUGUUGACAGUUCAGUCAAAUAUCUAAUGAAAAUCUGCCGUCUUUGACCUGUUGUGUAAUUGGUUAUGCAUCAAAACACAAUGAUUGUCUUUGGACUUUACUUUGGUCAAGACCCAAAAGAUAGUUUUACGGUAAGGGGCAUGUCCUGGUUAAUUUUCAACCCAGUCAAGUGUUCCGAGAAAUUAUUUUGAAUUUUGCCAGUGGAGAUGACAGUUGUGACAAUGAUGUUUUGUGUGUCAUUGUUAGAUUACAGUGGCUUUUGGGCAUGGCAUAUUUUUUAAAUCCAAUACAUUUUUCAUUUUUUAUUUCAAUCUAUGUGGGUACAUCUUCUCAUUCUAAAUCAGGGAUGGGCAACUUUGAUGGGGGUGGGGGCCACAAAUAUCCGGCACUCAUCAUGAGGAGCCACAGUGGUUCGUGGGUUUGCAUUCCCACAUCCAUACUCCCCCCCUCCACCUUGCGAAAAAAACAUUUUAGCAGCCCCCCCCUCAUCAAAUCAAAUCAAAUUUUAUUGGUCACAUUCACGUGUUUAGUAGAUGUUAUUUGGAGGCCCUGCAGUUGUGAGCAGUACCAGGCGGUGAUGCAGCACAACAGGAUGCUCUCAAUUGUUCAUCUGUAAAAGUUUGUGAGAGUUUUCUCUCCGUGCUUCUUCACCUGCAUUGCUUGC